AUGAUCUUCAUGACAAGUAUAGGAUUGCACUUGACCAAAAGACCAUGGAGCAACAACGAAAAGAAGAAGAAAACAGACGUGCCGUUUGUGCAGCUACUAAAGAUUUCAACAGAAGCCAGGCUGCUGAACUAGCUGAGAAAAAGAAGUUGGAAAAGUAUCAAAAAAUGAAAGAUGACAUGAAUGAGAUUUCCAGCCUCCUUCAAGGAGACCUACUUUCUGAAAACCCUGACCAAGCAAUCAGUUCCUUUGGUACACAUCGUGUGAUCACAGAUCGAUGGAAGGGAAUGAAUCGGGAUCAGCUGAGGGCAAUCCGUGACACGCAACAGCAACAAGUUCUGGAGAAACUGAGACAAAACCAGGAAGAACGCCGAAUUGAUGCUGAAUGGGACAGACAAAUAAUACAGACUGCAAGAGCACAGCUGGUUUUAGAGGGGCAUCUACAACGACAGAAUCGGGAACACCGCCGAGCUUUAGAUAACAUGAACGCCGACAUGUCUCAAGAGCAGAAAUCAAAGAACAUUUAUCUUAAAGAAGAAGAAUAUUCAAAUUGUCCAACAGAUGAGUAUUUCGCACAGUUUAAUACAACCAGCCGAUAA